UGCUGACAGGUGGCCCCUUUCGGGAACCUGCCCUUACACUGAGCUGAAAGUAGCAGCGCGCACAGGUGGCCCCGGGUGCGACGCGUGACGUCAGCAGAAAGUGGAGCGAUGCGGCGCUUCGCCGCGGAAACGAAGUGUGAGAAGCGGCGCAGUGAGUUUCUGGAGGCAACAAGUCGAUCGGCGCCGUUCCGUCCAGCAGCGCGCGCGCGGGCGCGCACACGCACACGGAGGGAGAGCACACGAUGUGGAAAGAGCAGCCCAGGUGAUCGGUGUCCACGUGGAGCCCCGAGAGGAGCGCGCGCCUAGUUCAGAGAUGGCGAGCAGCGACAGAGUGUUCAUCCUGACGGACGACGAGACGGAUCAGCGGUGGAGGCGUGUCCACGAUGAAUCUGUUAACGGCCAUUCCUCGGAGCAGGACACGGGUCCAUCCUGUCCCGCGUCGGCCCCGGAGGGUCCUUCCGCCGACCCGCGGACGUCCGCUCCUCCCUCACAACCCAGGAUGAGCUGCAUGGACCGGAUCUGCCUCGCAAUUGACCCGCAUCUCCUCAUCUCCAAGAUCUUCUACUUCUUCUUCUACUCAGCCUAUGGCUCCCUGCACCCGCUCCUGCCAGUCUAUUACAAGCAGCUGGGGCUGACAGCCACCCAGAGCGGCCUGCUGGUGGGCAUCCGCUACUUCAUCGAGUUCUGCAGCGCUCCCUUCUGGGGGGUGAUCGUCGACCGCUUCAGGAAGGGCAAAGCCGUGCUGCUGUUCUCUGUGCUUUGCUGGCUCGUGUUCAACUGCGGCAUCGGCUUUGUGAAACCGGCCGACAUCACCUGCGUGGAACGGGACCCCGCGGGGGGCCCUCAGAACUUCACCCAGCCGAACACGUCGGUGUCGCACUCUAGGGCUCUUAGAAGCGCGGCCGCGGCUUUCUUCGCCGCCGAUGCUGCGGGUGGAUAUAGGCUGCGGGGCCGCUACGCAAGAAGCGCCGGGGCCAGUUCUACCGAGACUCCUUCCACCCUGGAUAACGCAUCUAGUCCAGCUACCUCCACUGCCUCCAGCGCUCCCGCACCGUCCGGCACCACCGCCACUCCCAGUCAGUACACAAUAAAGUACAACAUGCAGCAGGUGGAGACCAUCUUCCUGCUCAUUCUGCUGAUCAUCAUUAUCGGCGAGUUCUUCAGCGCCCCCGCGGUGACCAUCGUGGACACGGUCACCCUGCAGUACCUGGGCCGGCAACGGGACCGCUACGGCCUGCAGAGGAUGUGGGGCUCGCUGGGCUGGGGCCUGGCGAUGCUCUCGGUGGGCAUCUGGAUCGACCACACGCACAUCCAGCCCUACAUCGCGGGUGCCGAUUGCAGCGACACCGAAUUCAAGGACUACCGCAUCGCCUUCAUCGUUUUUGGGGUCCUGAUGGGGGUUGCUUUGAUCGUGGCCACGCAGUUCUCCAUCGACCACAGGUUCGGCCACACGGAGAACAGGGAGGAGGCCCAGUCUCCGCAGACGGAGGGCGGCUCCACCUCGGGAAGGAGCUCUGAGGAGAUCUCGCUCCCUCCGGGCGCCACGCGGCAGGAAUUCCGCUUCGGGGACCUCAUCGGCAUUUUGUGCAGCGUCCGGUGCGGCACGGUGCUCUUCGUAGCCUGGUUCAUGGGAUUUGGCUACGGAUUCGUCUUCACCUUCCUUUACUGGUACCUGCAGACCCUGAACGGGACCACCACCCUCUUCGGCAUCUGCUCAGUGCUGAGCCACGUCUCGGAAGUGGCGGCCUACUUCACCAGCCACAAGCUCAUCGAGCUGGUGGGCCACAUCAGGGUGCUGUACAUCGGCUUGGCGUGCAACACGGCGCGCUAUCUCUACAUCUCCUACCUGGAGAACGCUUGGGUCGUUCUUCCCAUGGAAGUGCUUCAAGGUUUGACGCACGCGUCAGUGUGGGCGGCUUGCAUCUCCUACCUCGCCGCCACGGUGCCCCCUGCCCUCCGUACCUCCGCCCAGGGCUUACUACAGGGCCUACACCUGGGGCUGGGCCGGGGCUGCGGGGCCAUGGUGGGCGGAGUCUUCGUCACCUACUUUGGUGAGGCGGCCACCUUCAGAGGACUUGGAAUGGCCUCCCUCGUCAUCCUCAUCAUCUUCGCCUUCAUCCAGUGUCUCGCAGGGCAGGGCGAAAGCGAGGAGAACAGCAUGUUGGCAGAUAGCAUUCCUGCUCCGUCCUUCCCCGUUCCCAUAGCGACUAUCGAUGCGUCCCCACAGCAACCGCCCAUGAAGACAAGACACCAGCAGGAACAGGAGGACCCCAACAAGUCUGCCUGGGUGCUGUCUGCCUCUCCGUGGGUCAGCAUGGCAUUUACCCUCUGUCAAAUUCGGGAGGCCAUCAAGAGGGCAAAGAGAAGCCCCCCGACGGACAUGCAAUCGCCUCAGGGAACAGAUGAGGUGGCCUCCUCCGAGCCUCCAACAGAGGAGACGGCGCACUCGCAUCCAGAACAACAAUGCGGCACUCCGCAACAGCAGACAUCCGCCGACAAGCCAACUGGACAGCUCAACAAGGAGCCCACAGGUGAAACGGACAGGCGUGGGGUCCCAAGGAGACCCUCUGCAACACCCCAAGUGGGCCACAACCCAGCUGUGGAGAACCAGGCACCAUUACCAGGGAAUUUUGACACCCUCCCGAAACUGUCCCCAAAUAACCCUUUCUACCAGUAAUGGACAAUACCUGUAACAUGGUGCUGGAAAGUUACAAGAGCUAUAUUGCUGUUUAUACCCAUGCGCCAUAAUCUCCCAUUCUGACACAAACUGAUUUCAGAGAGACUGAAGUUGUUUACAUGCAUUAUAAAAAAAUAAAUGUGGGGGAGGAAUAAAAAACUAAUGAUA